CGCUCUCUAGCCGGGGCUCGGGGCUCUGGGCUCCGGCGUCUGCUCGGCGGCAGCCUCCCCUCGGACCGGCCCGGCGGGACCCAGGGGACCGAGCCGAGCCGCGGGGCCCGCUCCGGCCCGGCCAUGAGCGCGGCCGCAUGAUGCGUCCCUGCCUCGGCCGCUGCAGUCGCCGCCGUCGCCGCCGCAGGCCGGGAGGAGCCGCAGCGCCGGGCGACCCCGCCCGGGCCUCGGAAGACCGUGCUGGGUGCCGCAUGGGGGACUGGAUUGUUGGGUGAGCAGAGGCAUGAGAGUAGAGAGAGGACUCCCCAGAUGAUGUGAGCACUCCCCAGAUCCAAUCACGUAGGGCAGUAUGCACCUUAAGAUCCUGAAGAAAAGGCACAAAGCACUCAAGUGAUGUUUCGGAAGGGUUUGUGAGGGUGCGUCAGGGAAAUCAUGCAGCCAUCAGGACACAGGCUCCGGGACGUCGAGCAUCACCCUCUCCUGGCUGAAAAUGACAACUAUGACUCUUCAUCGUCCUCCUCCUCCGAGGCUGAUGUCGCUGACAGGGUCUGGUUCAUCCGUGAUGGCUGCGGCAUGAUCUGUGCUGUCAUGACAUGGCUUCUGGUCGCCUAUGCAGACUUCGUGGUGACUUUCGUUAUGCUGCUGCCUUCCAAAGACUUCUGGUACUCUGUGGUCAACGGGGUCAUCUUUAACUUCUUGGCUGUGCUCGCCCUGUCGUCCCACCUGAGAACCAUGCUCACCGACCCCGUGAGUGCUGGCUGCGUCACUGGGGACCCUCUCGUGUCUGGACUAGUGUCGCACACAGACCAUGUGGGGGCGGUACCCAAAGGAAAUGCUACAAAAGAAUACAUGGAGAGCCUGCAGCUGAAGCCCGGGGAGGUGAUCUACAAGUGCCCCAAGUGUUGCUGCGUUAAACCCGAGCGCGCCCACCACUGCAGUAUCUGCAAAAGAUGUAUUCGGAAAAUGGACCAUCACUGCCCGUGGGUGAACAAUUGUGUAGGAGAAAAGAAUCAAAGGUUCUUUGUGCUUUUUACUAUGUAUAUAGCUCUGUCGUCAGUCCACGCUCUGAUCCUCUGUGGGCUGCAGUUCAUCUCCUGUGUCCGAGGGCAGUGGACUGAAUGCAGUGAUUUUUCACCUCCAGUAACUGUAAUCCUGUUGACCUUCCUGUGCCUUGAGGGUCUUCUGUUCUUCACUUUCACUGCAGUUAUGUUUGGCUCCCAGAUCCACUCCAUAUGCAACGAUGAGACGGAAAUUGAGCGAUUGAAAAGUGAGAAGCCCACGUGGGAGCGGAGGCUGCGAUGGGAAGGGAUGAAGUCCGUCUUUGGGGGUCCCCCCUCACUCCUCUGGAUGAAUCCCUUUGUCGGCUUUCACUUUAGGCGACUGCCCACGAGACCCAGAAAAGGCAGCCCGGAGUUCUCAGUGUGAGGCCUGGUUCGACAGGCUGGAACUUGCUCACAGACUUCCGCUUAUUUAUUUGGGGUCUGAAGGAGAUCAACGGCUCAUCUGUGACCAACAGGGCAACUGGAACCUACACACACCAACUGCUUGCAGCAAGCAGAGUUUUAUCUAUUUCUAGUCACAGACAGCAGAUUCUCCACACCGGAAGAGGCGCUCGGUCGCCACCUGUACAACGUCGGAAAGGUGUGUGGCCAAGCAAAGAAGCCAAAUGUCACGGCCUUCCUGCAGAGUUAGGAUUUUUGUUGAGGAUAUUUGCAUUUUCUAAGUCGUUUGGGUUAUUACAUGGGUUAUUCAAAUCCUGUGUACUGAGCUGCUGUUUCCAGUCAUGAAGACAAACAGUCAAUCCAGUGAACAGGCAUUCUCCGAGCAGUCAUUUCCGGGGGCCCUGCUGACUGCUCUCAGCAGUGCACUCCCCGGACCACCGCAGGGCGUCUCCAUAGAAAGACGUUUUGGUCUCCAUUAGCUCUGAUGCUUUGCACCGAAGUUGCAAAAGAUCUGUGCACUGAACAGUGAAGGUGGCUUCCAGCACAAUCCCCCGGAAGAGACAUCCUUUGACCCUCUCAGCAAGUGUGUGUGUGUGCGCGUGUCUGCGUGUGUGCAUGUGUGUGUCAAAAUUGCCAGUGUUGUUGAGGCAGUGUAACAUUUACCGGCUGCAUACAGCAAACAAGCUAUUUUUCAGGGAAGAGGGGGGAGAGGCCGCGGGGUCCUCUCCGUGAUUACUAUGAAUGUAUUGCUACUGGAGGACAUCUCGAUCCAAAGAACAGUUGUUCCUGUGCGGUCCUUCAUUGCCCUCCUGCUUUAAUUUAAAAAAAAAAUCUUGAGUGCUUGAGGGCCUUGGAACUGAUUUUUUUGUUCCAGCCAAAUAUAGCAGUGUCUAAAUGGCUCCUGCGGAGGGGCAGAGCCGCAGCUCAGUGACCUGAUCCAUUAGGCGCUCCAUGCUGUUGGUGUGUGGGGCAGGGGAGGCGUUCCAGGUGGAGAGGCAGGCCCUGGACCUUGGGCACCUCUGGGAAGGUGAGGGGACCAUGAGGCAGACAGCCCCUGUCCGGGGCGACUGUGCCACCACGCAGGCAGCGCUCAGGUGGCAGUGGUCAGGAUGGCGACUUCCUGUUGCAUUGUUUUGUUAGCUUUUACGUUUUCUCUACCCACGGCACAGGUGAUAAAAUAGGAUCCUUGGUGUGGAGCUUAAACUUAUGCGAGAAAGCCAACAGCUCCCCUCCGUGGGGACUUGCCUUAACCUUGCCUGGUUUGUACAUUUUUUGACAGAUGCAUCGAGAAGCAGUCUGUGACAAAGUCCGAGGGUCUUCCUUUAAGCUCGCCCUCCAGCCUGAGAAGUUGGCGUCCCCUCCUGGGAACUGUUUGCCUGUCUGUUCAUCUGUGACCUGUUCUCUGUUUUUAAUUUCUCUCUACCACACCUGAAUCAGGGCUUCUACCACUGCUGAUGCAAAACCACAAAGGGACCUACCUGAGCCACCGUCCUAGCCAAGCGAGCAAGCCUGCGGGGGUUUGGAAGUGGACUCUUCACUAGGUGAAGAAGUGCGUCACAGCCGGACGGACAAAGCAUAGAUCGUGCGUGAUCCUGGAGACGAGUUUUCAGAGACCGUUCUGCAUAUUCAUUUGCACUUGUCUGGGUGGGACACGUGUAUGGGCUUCAGCGUGAGGCUUUUAAUAUGUAUAUCCUGUUACCAAUAAAAAUUACCCAAGUGGUUGAACCCUGUGAGACUUGGCAAGUGUGUACGAAUCAAGUAUACUUGACUUUCAACCUCUUCUUUCAAUGUAACUUUUAUAUGAAAUAAAGUAAUCCAUUGACAGUUCUCAAAA